AUGGUGAUCAAAGAGGUUUCGCAAAAUGAUGCACUAGAUCUAACUGCAUCAGAAGUGUCUUCAGAUGAAUGCGACGAGAUUAUGGAACUUUUGAAAAAUCCACCCAAAGGCCAGAAGAAAAUCGACUUAGAGGUGCCUAUCCAAGUAAAGGCGAAAUCCGGAGCUGCAAAUAACGCAAGGGCUAAACAAAAGGGAACAGGAAAGGAUAUAGUAUCGCAGUUAAAUUCACACAUGCAGUCUUCCUUGGAUAAAGAACUUGGCUUUUCAAUCAACAAGGCAUUAGCCAAAAGCGCUAGUGACGAUUUGGUGAAGUCGAAAGCCUUUCAGAUAAUUAAUCAUGACAUCGAGAGGGAACGUGCAAUUCGAGGCAUCUUAUGCGAAGAGACUGAAAUAAAUUACAGGCUACAGCAAAACGAAGAAACUAUUGAGAGAUGGAUUGCUGUCAACGUCGAUUCCAAAGUAUUAAGGCAAGGUUCAGACAACACCUCGAAAUAUGGAUUGUGGUUGGCAAAAUUAAGAAAAACACUGCAUGAGAUAGCGUCAGAAAGUAACCAGGCCAUUAGUUGUGAUAUUCUGAAUGAGAAGAUAUUAGAAUUCCCUGAAUACUGUAAAUUUAAAGCGUUCGUGCAUACGGGAUCUUGUAAAUAUGAAAUUGAUGAUGCCUUGUAUUUCUUCAAGAGGAACUGCGUACAAACAUUGAUUGAUACCCUAGAUAUACAGUUUGUUGAGAGCUACAAGGGAAAGAGAGAAUCAUUGGUAUUGAAGAAGGUGUUGGACGACCUUGGUUUUGACACAAGAUUACUCAAUGGUAAAUAUUCAAAACAAGCGUUUGAUAACAAAGCCCGAAUACCACCUCUAGGAUGUGGUCUCCAAGUGUUGAAAUUUGUGAAAAUCAUCGAGUCUGUUGAGUUUGACUUUGUUACUACACUAAAAUCCCUUAUUCUCAUGAGUCUAGAUGAGAAUUUAGAAGUUGAUACAUAUCGAUAUAACUAUAAGGGGAACAAAUAUACGGGUAGAGAGAUAGCCAUAAAGAAAAUAGAAGAAUACUGGGGGAAAUGCGAAAUGAUAAAUGGUAUACUGAUGGACCUCUUCUCUGAAAAUGUCAAGCUGUGGCAUAAAUUCAUCAACUCUAUUCAGAUAUCUUACAUGGAAGAAUUACGUUUAUUUAAAAGUAAGCUCAUAUUGAAGUUUUUGGAUGUGAAUAAAAUAAUAGAAGAUAUAUCAAUAGACCAAAACUUCCAAUCAUUUCGGAAGCCUGAGGAAGUGAUGAGGUGUGUACACAACUAUUUAAAAACCAUUAGCAAUAAGUGUCUUCCCGGAGGUAGGGAAGAAGUAAUUGAGGCAACUUACAUGAAUAUGUCGAUGAUCAAGGAAUUGAUGAUUGUUAAUGAUAGUGUACUGAAAUCUUGGAGGGUUAAUGACGAAGAAACUUAUAGAGCCACCCUCAAGAGUAUCCAUAAAAUCAAAAACAACUUUUUCCAAAAUUAUAGAGGGAGCUUCAAUUCAAAAAUCCCAGAGUGCAAAAGACUGCUGGAAUUCAUGUAUUAUGAAAUCUCCGAAAUUGAAGUUGAAGAUUUCUUUUGUUAG